ACACCAAAUGAAAAAUACUCAAGAAUCACACACACACACACAGAUGAGUGGUAGAUGUACAAAAUUCCUAAUGUAAAGUCGACACAAAGUGUCUGAAAAGAGACCAAGGAAGAAGCGGUAACAAUAUUUGGCAAAGCAGAAUUUGGACCUGCAGAGAUUUGCUUCACCCGUUUUUUUUUUUAAGCUAGUUAGACACUUACGUGUAUUAAAUUCUCAAUGUUGAGUCUGAACAGCCCAAAUCACAGUUUUCAAAUCUCUAAAGGUCCAAUAUCUGCUUUGCCAAAUAAUGCAUUCCCCUCGCAGGUCUCUUUUCAGAAAUCUGAUAAUUUGGGCCGUGUACAUUGAGCACUUCGUACAUCUCACAAUCAUCUGGUCUGAGAAAUGAAAGGGAUAGAAAUCUCAGCUGGCUGAACAUCUGUUUAGCAGAAUAAUGCAUCAUCCUCUUAAGUUACCAACAAAUAUUUUGGGCUUCUUUGACACAAUAUUGGUUACAUUUUUAUAUAAAACUUAUUCAGUCUGAGAAAAAAAGGGGAUGCAAAUCUCAGCAAAAAAUCCCAUCUGCAAAAUAAUGCAUUCACACUGGGACUUGAUUUCUAGAGAUCUAUAAACUGAAAGUUUUUUCUUAUUGUUGAUUCUACUGUAUAAAUGUCAGGUCAAUAUUGCUGAAAUAGCUGGGCAUACACAUUCUUGAACAAUAGGAUCAUUUUUCAUCAUUUUUAAGCAUCAGCAAACCAGAUUAUAUAGUUUUUAAACUGUUGCCAUUGAGAUGUUUACGUCUAGGAGCAUCGUUCCGUUGUAACUGUGCGCGCUCCCGCGAGGUGCAUGCGAUUCUCCGGGGCAGAAUUUAGUGUAGCACUGAUUCUAGUGGUCACGUGGAAGCAGUUAGCCAAUGGAGGCGCUUCUUGCAGAGGCGCGCAACUUGAUUCAGGAAGUACACAUUUUGUUUUCGCUCCGGGCUCGCGCUGACAGGAAAACUGACCAGAAAUCCCUAAAAAACACAAUCAACUUGGUUAAAACAGACAAAUUCAGGUGAAAAUGUCCGAGUCCACUCCCCUGUCAUCGCUGGGGAAAGGGGACGGUUUACAUCAACAAGUUCUCGCCUCCUUCCCUCUGUGUGACUUGGCCGAGGAGGACCUGACCCGGAACCCCCUUUUCUGUAAGCUCCUCGCCACCCUGGCUCAACAUGUGGACCAGACUGGGCUCACCGCGUUGCUGAGGUCAGAGCUGGACAAGGCCGAGCAGAAGCUGCAGAGCCAGAAACGUCACUGGCUGCGCUCGGAGAGCCUCCACAGAGGGCUGCAGGAGAUGAUCCAGGACUGCUCUGUCAGGAAGCACCACGCCAUCGUCCCGCCUGACCAGACCAUGUUCCAUGAGACGAUGGAGAAGUGUCUGCUGGUUGCUCAGUGUGUCAGACAGCUGGAUCCCAGCACCAGCACCAACCAGGACCAGCCCUCCAUUCUGGGCCUUAACACCCAACAGGUGAUGGAGCUCAUGCCGCCAGAGAAGAAUGUACAAAGAAUGAAACAGAGUCUACCGAGAGAGCUGGAGAAACAUCUCAAGAAAAAGUGUCUCAACCUCCUCGCUUACUACCAACCUGAAUGGGAGAACGAGAGUGAGGGUCUGAAGAACAGCAAGUUGUCUCACCUGUCAGUCCAGCUGGACAAGGAACAGAAAAGAGCAAAGGGUCUGAAGGAGACGUGUCGGGAAAACGCUGUUCUCCUGCAGAGACAGACUGAACUCUACCUCUCUGAGCUGGUCAAGUGUAUUCAGCUUCUCCAGUCUCUCAUCCUGGACCACAGGCUGAAGACCCAGACCGACUUAGACAGAAAGAAGUUGGAAUACUUUGAAGGCAAAUGUGAAUUAGUCUUACAGAAGAUAAAGGCCGAGAUGGUAGAAAUCCAGCUGGACACAUACACAGCCGACGCAAUAUCUGCUCAUAGAAAGAUAAGAGAAAAGUUACAAUCCGAGCUGAAGACCCGUCGGGUGGAGAAGCAGUCUGUGGAAAUGAAACUCGCCUCUUUUGAGAUCUUGGGCAAAGAGUUCGAGGCCCUGGCUGAGGAAUACUGCAGAUUACUGCAGGAGAUCGAAGCGAAAAACUGGGCUCUGAAGGAGUUCGCCCAGUACAAUGAGAAGUGAUGAUCACGUCUGACACUGGGACAACAGCCAGAGCUUUCCCUUUUCACAGUGUUACAAUGCUCACAGUGACAUGCUGGCUUUUGGACACUUGACACAUCGACUGUGUAGCAUGUUGUUCAAAUAAAAUCAACGCUGAGGAUGUCAUCCAAGCUCCCAGAAGAAACCUACAUGAACCUUUGCCAUUAGAGAUGACAUAAUGUUUUAACUUGUUGAUAAAAAGAUGACAGUCAUAGAAACGAUAUUCUGUUAACUGUUGUUUACUUCGUCUUAAUAAAUUAAGUUUCCUAAAA